UAUUCCGUAUCCACGUCCUUCUUUUGAUAUUAAUGCAACAUCACAUGGCACAGAUGUCGCUUCAGAAGCGGCUGCUGCAUUUGCUUCUUCGGCAAUUUUAUUUCGUGAUUUUUUUGAUGAUAAUGAUUACGCAGAGACAUUAAUAUCUCAUGCUAUAGACGUUUAUAAGUUUGCUGAAA